CGUCGGUGCUGUUCGUAACUCCGCCUUAAACAACCGUAGAAGAAGAAAAGAGCAACGUGAGAGCCAUGCCGAAAUCAAAGAGGGAUAAGAAAGUCUCUCUGACAAAAACAGUCAAGAAGGGAUUAGAAGCGAAGCAGAAACUGAUUGAGGAGCUGCGGAAAUGUGUCGACACGUACAGGUACGUGUUCAUCUUCUCAGUGGAAAACAUGAGGAACAGCAAACUGAAAGACGUCAGAACAGCGUGGAAACACAGCCGGUUCUUUUUCGGAAAGAACAAGGUGAUGAUGCUUGCUCUCGGGAAAGGACCCACAGAUGAAUACAAGGACAAUCUGCACAAGGUGAGCAAGUUCCUCCGAGGGGAAGUGGGAGUCCUGUUCACCAACAAAACGAAAGAGGACGUACAGGAGUAUUUCAGCGGGUUCAGAGAGAUGGAUUACGCUCGGGCGGGGAACGUGGCGCAGAUGGCGGUGACGCUCGACGAGGGGCCGCUGGAACAGUUCUCGCACUCCAUGGAGCCUCAGCUCAGACAGUUAGGACUGCCUACAGCGCUUAAAAAAGGAAUCGUCACGUUAUUAAAGGACUAUGAAGUGUGUAAAGAGGGAGACACGCUCACUCCUGAACAAGCCCGUAUUCUGAAACUGUUCGGGAUCGAGAUGGCUGAAUUCAAAGUGUCCGUAAAGUGCAUGUGGAAUUCGGAGACUGGAGAUUUCGAGCUGUUAGAGGAAGGUGCUGAAGAGGCCAUGCAGGCAAAAGACGACGAUGAUGACGACGACGAUGAUGAAGAUGAGAGUUAAUGAAAAGAAACAAUGGACAAUGGACUUUCCACAUGGACUUGUUAGUUUAACUUGCAAAACCCGGAUACAUAUUUGUGCAAAUCUUUCUUCAACGUGUGUUUUAUGUGAUUUAUGAUCCAGACAUUAUGAUCCAAAUGUUCCUACAUGACUUCUCAUAAAAUAUACCACUUUCAGAUC